AUGUGGAAAUAUGUAACACGACGUUUGCGGGACACCCUUGAAAGAAGUGCUAACCAUUUUGAUAAACGCAGUUCUACCGGAGUUGUUAAAUUACCUAGUGGAUUGUCUGACGACAAUAAUAGAAAGAUUAAUUCACCUUGUUGUUGGUUUACAACUCGUAAGUGCUGGAAAUCGUACCAAAACGACAAUGGUACGAAGAGAAAAAGAAACUUUGAGCAUAUCAACAGCUCUUGGCUAGGUGCCAUUACUUGGAGCAGUGCCUUGGUAUUUGGCUGGUAUGCAGGACAGAUAGUCCACCUUAAGAUAAAAAAUCAACGCAAGCAGAAGAAAUUUGUGCCCACUACAAUCAAUUCACUUCUUGCUCAUUUGAGUUAUGCUCAGUACAAUCAAAAUGUCAAGAAGUUGGAUACUAUAUAUGAAAUUGAAAAUAAAGAUACAGCUGCUCCUGUUGUACAUUUAAUCUCAAAUGAGAACAGUGGAGAACAAGAGAAUGCUAGUAAAAGCUCGGAAAGCUCCAGCAAUGACUUGGGGGAAGUUCUUAAUUCUAUUGAAAAUAGGUUGGGCUUAGCUGCGAUUGAGAGUGGUCAACACAAGGAUGGCCUUAACUUAUUAAGAUCAGCUGCAAAUAGAAACCACCCUCCAGCACUUUACAAUUUAGGCCUGUGCUAUGAAAUGGGUUUGGGUGUGGAUAUUGAUGAGAAAAUUGCGAUGGAGUUGUAUAGAUCUGCUGCGGCUUUACAGCACCCUGGUGCACUCUACAAUCUGGGUAUCUAUUAUGGCCAAGGCCGUGGAGGACUUGCAAAAGACGUCAGUACAGCAACCCGCCUUUUACGGCUAGCUGCGGUUCAAGGUCAACGGGAUGCUAUAACAGCUCUUGCAAAACUAGAUAUUGACAUGAAAGAACCAACCUCUCCACAUGAGGAGGAUCACUGGGAGAAGAAAUAUAAUCCAUUAAUAGAAAAUGGCUGUAAUGUGCCAACUCAUUCUGCCUUGUUUGUUGGUAGUGUCAAGCCUAUAUCGAGUUACAAUUAUGAACCUAUUGUUUACUAA